AUGAGCGUCGUCCGGGAGGAGUCGAUCGCGGUCAUCGCGCAGAGCCUCGGGCUGGACCGCCUCCGCGAGGGCUGCGCGGCCGAGCUCGCGCCCGAAGUCGAUUCCAGACCCAUGCGCGCCGCGAGACGCUCACGACGCGGGACAUCAACCGCGCGCAACAUGGAGAUCUUGUAUGGCUAUGGCGGCGGCGACGGCGUGAGCUACCGCCGCAUUAGCCCGGGCCUCUUUGUACCCGAGGACCCCGAGGUGGCGGUGGCCGACAUCCUCAACGCGCCCUUUCCGCUGUGCCCGCUCGUGCCCAGCGUCAACAUGCACUGGCUGGCAGUCGAAGGCGUCCAGCCGCAGAUCCCCGAGAACGACGUGCUCGACACGAACGCCCACGCACGGUCCGCGACGUCGAUUUCGGACCCGGCCUUCACGGGCGACGUUGUGCGCAAGCCGCUCGUCAAGCACGUCUUGACGGACGAGAUGCAACUCUACUACACCAAGGUCACGGACGCGGUGAAGAGCGAUGACUUUGCGCGCCAGCAGGCCGCGUACACGAGCUUGUCGCAUGACCCGGGUCUCCACCAGCUCAUGCCGUACUUUUCGCGCUUCAUUUACGAAGAAGUCAAGCACAGCAACCACGAUCUCGCGCUGCUCUCGUCCGUGCUGCGCAUGGCACGCGCCCUUCUGCACAACGUCGGUCUCCGCAUCGAGCUCUACCUCCAGCAGAUGAUUCCGGCCAUCUUGACGUGCAUCCUCAACAAGGACCUGUGUGCCAACCCGGCCGAAGAUCACUGGGCCGUCCGCAACUAUGGCGCGCGCCUCAUGGCAGAGAUUUGCUCCCGGUUUGGAAACACGUACAACAGCAUCCAAGCCCGCGUCUCCAAGACCUUCCACGGCGCCUUUAUGGACGCGUCCCGCCCGUUCCCGACGCACUAUGGCGCAAUUGUCGGGCUCAUGUACCUCGGGCCGCUGGUCAUGGAGCGGCUGCUCUUCCCGCACCUUGCCGCGUAUCUGGCCGUGCUCACGCCGUGCUUUGCGCCGUCGAAUUCCAACCAAGUGCAGCGCCUCGAAGCGCAGAACUGCCAUGGCAUCCUUGUGCAUGCCGCCGGGCAGUAUUUAUCCAUGCAAACCAACACGGCGACGUCCAGCGAUUUCAAGCAGACGCUCGACACGCUUCAAGACACGUUCGGCGAGGCGCUCGUGCCCUACAUGCGCACGCCGGCGAUGGGCUACGCCGACAUGGUGCUUUAG